AUGGCGAUUCCCGGCGGCCCGAAAUUCGAGCCUCUGUAUAGAGACAUGGACAGCUUCGAUGAGGACUGGAACGAGUUCAACGACAUCAACAAAGUCAUCAUUCGACAGCAAAUCCGGACUGAGUACAAGGUCGCUUUCCCCCAUCUGUAUAACUCCCUCCCUCGUUCCGUCCACAUAUCUCUGUAUCACACACCGAAGAACGUCUACAUUCGCACCGAUGACCCUGACCUGCCCGCGUUCUAUUUCGACCCUCUCAUCAAUCCUAUCUCGCUGCGUGGCUUUACACCGAAGAAUGCGCCACUCGUUCCCCAUGAGGACGCGAUCUUCGGCCCCAACGAUGCUGAGGACGACGACUUCGAGCUCCCUGACGAGGUCGAGCCUUUCCUCGAGGACAAGCCGCUGGAGAGCGAUCUCACGGCGGAUGCUAUCGCGCUCUGGUGGGCGCCCGAUCCGUACAGUCGCCGCUCAGGGCGUAUGCGCCGAGCGCAGGAUAUCCCGCUCGUGAAGGACUGGUAUCUUGAGCACUGCCCUCCUAACCAGGCGGUCAAGGUUCGCGUGUCGUAUCAGAAGCUACUUAAGUGCUACGUCUUGAACGAGCUCAAGACACGCCCGGAGAAGGCCAUGUCGAAGAAGAACCUGUUCAAACAGCUGAAGGCGACCAAGUUUUUCCAGACCACGCGGUUAGACUGGGUCGAGGCGGGUUUGUACAUUGUCUCGGGAAGCAUGGUUAGCGUGGUCACUGACGCACUUUAUCAGAACUUGAACUACCUCCACCUCGACUACAACAUGAACUUGAAGCCGGUGAAGACGCUCACGACCAAGGAGCGUAAGAAGUCGCGAUUCGGCAAUGCCUUCCAUCUCUGCCGUGAAAUCCUUCGUCUCACGAAGUUGGUGGUCGACGCGCACGUCCAAUUCCGUCUCGGCAACGUCGAUGCAUUCCAGCUCGCGGAUGCGUUGCAGUACAUCUUCGCGCACAUUGGUGCCCUUACGGGUAUGUACCGUUACAAGUACAAGUUGAUGCGUCAGGUACGAAUGACCAAGGACCUCAAGCACUUGAUCUACUACCGUUUCAACACCGGUCCUGUCGGCAAAGGUCCUGGUGUCGGGUUCUGGGCCCCCGGCUGGCGUGUCUGGCUAUUCUUCAUGCGUGGUAUUGUUCCUUUGCUCGAGCGCUGGCUUGGAAAUCUGCUCGCGCGUCAGUUUGAGGGUCGUAACAGCAAGGGCAUCGCGAAGACAGUCACGAAGCAGCGUGUCGAGUCGCACUAUGACCUUGAGCUUCGUGCGGCGGUCAUGCACGACAUCCUCGACAUGAUGCCAGAGUCGAUCAAGCAGAACAAGUCGAAGACCAUCCUCCAGCAUCUGUCGGAGGCCUGGCGCUGCUGGAAGGCGAACAUCCCUUGGAAGGUGCCCGGAAUGCCGACGGCCAUCGAAAACAUCAUCCUUCGUUAUAUCAAGAGCAAGGCCGACUGGUGGACGUCUGUCGCUCACUACAAUCGUGAGCGUAUCCGGCGUGGCGCGACCGUCGACAAGGCCGUCGUCAAGAAGAACCUCGGUCGUCUCACUCGCCUGUAUCUCAAGGCUGAGCAGGAGAGACAGCACGGGUACCUCAAGGACGGUCCGUACAUCAGUGCUGAGGAGGCCGUUGCCAUCUAUACUGCCACCGUGCACUGGCUCGAGAGCCGGAAGUUCUCGCCCAUCCCCUUCCCGCCGCUUAACUACAAGCACGACACCAAGCUUUUGGUGCUCGCGCUCGAGAAGCUCAAGGAGGCGUAUUCGGUUAAGGGCCGCUUGAACCAGUCGCAACGCGAGGAGUUGGCGCUCAUUGAGCAGGCGUACGACAACCCGCAUGAAUGCUUGUCGCGUAUCAAGCGUUUGCUGCUCACACAGCGUGCAUUCAAGGAAUCUGGCAUCAAGUUCUUCGACACCUACGACAAACUCAUUCCUUGCUACGACAUCGAGCCCGUAGAGAAGAUCACGGACGCCUACCUCGAUCAGUUCCUGUUCUUCGAGGCCGACAAGCGUGGUCUGUUCCCCUCCUGGAUCAAACCCGCCGACACUGAGCCGCCGCCGCUUCUCGUCUACAAGUGGUGCCAAGGCAUCAACAACUUGACCGACAUCUGGGAGACGGGCGAGGGCGAAUGCGAUGUGCUCAUGGAGACGGUGCUGUCCAAGGUGUACGAGAAGAUCGAUUUGACGCUGCUCAACCGGUUGUUGCGUCUCAUUCUGGACCAUAACUUGGCAGAUUAUAUCACGGCGAAGAACAACACUGUCUUGACGUACAAGGAUAUGGCGCAUACAAACGCCUACGGUCUGAUCCGUGGUCUCCAAUUUUCAGCCUUCGUCUUCCAGUACUACGGCCUGGUCCUCGACCUGCUCAUCCUGGGUCUUCAACGCGCCAGCGAGAUGGCGGGACCACCGCAGAUGCCGAACAACUUCCUGCAAUACCGCGACUCCGCCACCGAGACGCGUCAUCCGAUCCGUCUCUACUCGCGUUACGUCGAUCGCAUCCACAUUUUGUUCCGCUUCACGGCCGAAGAGUCGCGAGACCUCAUCCAGCGGUAUCUCAGUGCGAACCCUGACCCGACGAACAACAACGUCAUCGGGUACAACAACAAGAGGUGUUGGCCUCGAGACUGUCGUAUGCGCCUGAUCAAGCACGACGUCAACCUCGGCAGAGCGGUCUUCUGGAAUGUCAAGCAGAGUCUGCCCCGGUGGGAAGACACUUUCGUCAGCGUUUUCUCUAAGGAUAACCCACAGCUCUUGUUCUCGAUUUGUGGGUUCAAAAUUCGCGUCCUCCUAUAUCUGGCCGACCUCGGCAAGCAGAACAGUGUGAACAUCGCCUCCCUCACGGCCAGCAAAAUUCUUGACAUCAUCUUAGGUCGGGAGAUCGCAGCACCGUCUGUACAGCGGCAGCAGAUGGCGGAGCUCGAGAAGAGCUCUGAGGCGCAGAGCCAAGUCACAGUGGUGUUCAGUAGCAAGUCCGACUGGCGUCACAUCUACGUCUCCAACGACGGCGUCCGAGACGAUGCUGGAUCGUUCACCUACGUCUUGCCGAAGAAUAUCCUUCGCGCCUUUGUCACCGCUGCCGACUGCGCACCCAGGUCGCUGCAUUCUUGUACGGCGUCUCUCCCAGACAACAAGCAGGUCAAGGAGAUCAAGGCCGUGGCAUGGGUCCCGCAGCGCAGCAAUGACAACACUUAG